AUGGCGGGCUGGUUCGGGUCCUCCACCACGAGCGCGCUCGACGAGCAGAUCGAGCGCGCCACAUCAUCGAGCUUAGAGGACAUGCCCCUCAAUCUCGAGAUAUCCGACGUUAUUCGAUCCAAGACAGUGCAGCCUAGAGAUGCCAUGCGCGCAUUGAAGAAGAGGAUAGGGAACAAGAACCCCAACGUCCAACUCGCCACUCUGAAUCUUACCGACACGUGCGUUAAGAACGGCGGCGCCCACUUCAUCCAAGAGAUAGCCUCACGAGAGUUCCUCGACAACCUGACGUCCCUGUUGAAGGCACCUCCGACCGUCGCGCCCAAUAACGAUGUCAAGAACAAGAUGCUCGAGCUUAUACAAUCAUGGGCGACUGCUGCUGAAGGGCGCCACAACCUGAGCUACAUCAACGAGGUCUACCACAGCCUGCAGCGGGAAGGUUACCACUUUCCUCCCAAGGAGAACAUCUCCAGCAGCAUGCUAGAUAGUAGUGCGCCCCCAGAGUGGACCGACUCCGACGUUUGCAUGCGAUGCCGCACGCCCUUCACCUUCACCAACCGAAAGCACCACUGUCGCAAUUGCGGAAACGUCUUCUGUGGUGCGUGUUCGAGCAAAAGCAUCCCGUUACCCCAUCUUGGCAUCAUGGACCCUGUGCGUGUCGACGAUGGUUGUCAUGCGAAGCUUACCGAGAGAUCGAGAGGAACACCGCUUUCAAGGGUCUUCGAUACGCCCAGACCACAACGGACACUGUAUCAGGGUUCAAUGGAGCCGCGCAAUGCGCGCGUCGAGGACAGCUUCGAUGCAGACUUGAAGCGAGCGCUGGAGAUGAGUUUGGACGAAGCCAAGGGCAACAGUUCUUCUGGCUUUGUGUCCCAGGCGCAAUUGCAGCAGUCCAAGCCGACCAAUGGAACAACGAAAAAGCAGCCCGAAGAGGAGGAAGAUGCCGACUUGGCUGCCGCUAUUGCAGCUUCUUUGGCGGACAUGGAGGAACAGAAGAAGAAAUACUCCACGACCUUCCGGGAACAGGCUUCCAACGCAAGCGGAUCAGCACCUUUUGUUGCGCCCAAAAACGACUAUGAGCUCACUCCGGUCGAAGCGGAGAACAUCAAUCUGUUUUCUACACUGGUGGACCGGUUACAACACCAGGCCCCUGGCACUAUUCUCAGGGAGCCACAAAUACAGGAGCUGUACGAGAGCAUUGGGAAACUGAGGCCGAAACUUGCGCGCACCUAUGGCGAGACUAUGAGCAAGCAUGACACACUACUUGACCUACACGCCAAGCUAUCUACAGUUGUCAGGUACUACGAUCGCAUGCUCGAGGAAAGACUGUCGAGCACAUACAACCAGGCUAACGCCAUGUAUGGUCUGCCUGCUUCCACACAACGGCCGGCGUCCAACUUAUACCCCAGCAUACAGCAGUCAGGAGCGCCAGAUGGGUCUGGGGAGAACUACUACUCAGGAAACGCGGCCCCUUCAAGUGCUUACGGACAACCCCAAUCGCAAUACGGUGGCGGCUACCAAGCUCCAUACCCCAGUUUCGACAAGCGUCCACAGUCGUAUGCUCCGCCUCAGGAUCAAUAUCAACAACCAUCGCAACCAUACCCUAACCUUGCACAACCGCCACCGAAUACUUCGUAUCCAAAUCCAGCCUCGCCACAACUACAGCGCCAAGUUUCGAAUCAGCAAUAUACCCCACAACAGUCUUCUGCAUAUCCACCACAAGCACCACCUUCCGAUGCGGAAAGCGCAAGCUUCUACUAUGGUGACAGCGCUGCUGCGCAACCCUCUCAACCUCCCAUGCAACGUACUCAAAGCUACGGCUCUCAACCUUCGCAGCAACAGCAACCUCCUUCUCCGCAAGCAUAUGCUCGUGCUCCACCGCAGCAAACGCCCAUUUCACCACCCGCACAACCUACGACUGCGUGGCAGAACCCACCAUACCCCAGACAAGACCAGCCACAAGCUUCCCAGCAGGCGCCGCAACAAGCACCGCCACAGCAACAACAGCAACAGCAGGCUCCACAGCAGUCAGCGCCGCCACCACAACAGUACUGGCAACAGCAGCAACAAGCGCCUCAGCAGGCUCCACAAUCUUCGGCGUGGCAAGCAGCGCCUUAUGCGACAGGUGGGUAUGGACCUGAGAGUUUCCCAUCUGCACCGCAGAAUCAGUUGCCCGCUCAACAGCAGAAGGUUGCCGAUGAGCCUUUGAUUGAUUUGUAG